AUGUUCCAGCCGGAUAUAGUCGUCGAUCCUGUAGCUGGAAUGAUGUAUCAAUUAACUGUUUGCUGUAAUCGUGCACAUGAGGAAAUACAAGAAAAGGCAAUGCUCAUCGAAUUUCUAAUACAUCGAACGGGUCAGAAGCAACUUGUGCUAGACACAUUGCUCAAAUCUCUGAAAGCAAAAGAGCUGCGUUUACGCCAAAUUCGAAAACUGUUUGAUCUCAUUGUUGAAAAGUUUUCUUUAUCAACGUCUGCAGUGAGCAAUGGUGCUGGUGGGUUUCAAGAAUUUUAAUU